AUGCAAGAACCAUGUCAAAAUCCUGCUUUUCAAACAAAAGAAGAUUUCUUAACAAAAUCACUCGGCCAAUCUGGUUUAAGAGUUAAACCAACAGUUAUUCCAACAAAAGAUGGAAGUAUUUCUGGGUUUAUUGUUAUUACUAAAGAAAAGACUUUUCUUAUUGCUGUAGAAUCAACAACUAUUCAAAUAGUAUUUUGUUGUUAUAAUUACAAAGGAGUAGUUGCUGAUGUUAUUGUAUCUCCAAACCUACCACUUAGAAUGUAUUGUAUGAACCAUCAAGGCAGGGUAUUGUAUUGUAUUGGAAUGAAAGAUUCUUGGGAAGAAAUGAUUGAAUAUGACAUUAAAGGUAAAUGUUAUGCUUAUUCUAUCAUUUCAAAUGUUGGAGAACCUAUGAAAUGUUUUAAAACAACACAACGAUAUUUGUUAUUACACGAACUUAAUCAUCUUAUAGACGUUGAAUGUACUAUCCCUUCUUUUGAAAGUAUAGCAUUGAGUAAUAGAUAUGUUAUUGUUCCUACUAAUGAUAAACCAGAAAAAGAAGAUGAAGUCGCUUCUGGAGCAAUGUCUUGGAUUAUGAAAUAUCCAGGAGGAUAUAUAAAAGUGAUUGACUUAAUUACUCAAAAACAAAUUGGACAUUUUGUUGGUUCUACUUAUUCUCCUGUUCAAUGUAUUUCAUUUAAUGGAAAUAGUAAUUUAUUCACCAUUGCAGAUAAAUAUGGAAAGUCAAUUAGAGUUUAUCGUAUUAAUGAAGUUGAGUCUAUAAAGAAACAAAUUGAAUUACUUUAUGUAUUUAAUAGGGGAAAUUCACAAACCAUAAUUAAACAAUUAAGUUUUUCUUACGAUUCUACAAUUCUAAUAAUACUCUCAAGUCAGUCAUUACGUUUUAUCCCAAUAAAUCCAAAACAUCAAGGCACAUAUGAAUCAAUUAAAGAUGGAAAAGAAAGUCUUCUUAUUAAACCAUCUUCUAAAAUUCAAUGUGUUACUGAAAUGAGUGGGACUUGUAAUGGCAAAUACAAUUUUAUUGUUUGUACAGAAGAUGGAACAACUACUAUUAUUCGAUUUGAAAAGAAAAAUAAUGUGUUAGAAUGGACAGAAAACAAGUUAGUAACAUUUGACCUUCUCAAUUUAAUAAACUCAUUUAAGAGUAAAGAUAAACUUUUUAUUACUCCUUUUUCUCCAUCUCUCAAGGAACGUGACUCCUUAUUAAAAUGGUUUGUUUCUAAUUGA